AUCUCUAAAUAUAUCCUGUGAUUAAAGCAGCGUUUGCGUAUUAUGUACCGCUUUUGUUUUUUUGUUUUUUUGUUUAAAAAAAAAAAAAAACUGGCUCAAGGUACGUUUUGUUUUAUUUGAAUAAUUGGUGUAUCUGAGCAAACUUUACAGUUGGAGCUAAAUGAAAUCCGCUGAUCUGAUGCAGAUCUGAUCGUGUUUAAUCGGGUUACUGCAUUAGUACUAUGGCCUGUGAGGGAACCCGAGUGAAGGACAGAAGGGUGCAGGGAUAAAUCCGAGCAAGGCUGCAGGAGUUCAUGAGCAUUUCUCGGUAUUUACAGAGUUUAGUCUCCUGGCAUGUUAUUCAGCCUCAGCAUCGUCCAUGUGUAGGGUGUAGAGGCUGCUGUGGACCUGUAACUCCAUCAAUCUGCACUGUAAUCUCUCUCUCUUUAUAUAAAUAUAUCAAUAUACAUACACUGUUAUGGAUUUCCCCUUCGACCUGAACUCUGUGUUCCCGGAGAGGAUCUCAGUCCUGGAUCACAAUCUGUGUGCUGCUCGGAAAGCUCAUGGAAGACCUGAAGCCCAGAAUCAGACUGCCACUGUUAUUGAUGAGUUAGGGAAAGCCUCAGCCAAGGCCCAGACGCUGCCUGCGCCGAUUACGAGCGCAGCAAAGCUUCAGGCCAAUAAGCAUUACCUCUACCUGCUGAAGGACGGAGAGCGGAACGGAGGCCGUGGAGUUGCAGUAGGAUACCUGAAGGUCGGAUACAAGAAGCUCUUUCUGCUUGACCAGCGGGGGGCGCAUGUGGAGACUGAGCCCCUGUGUGUGCUGGACUUUUAUGUGACCGAGAGCUUGCAGAGACACGGAUACGGGCUGGAGCUGUUCCACUUCAUGCUGGAACACAAGAAGGUGGAGCCCGAACAGAUGGCUUAUGACAGACCUUCGUCGAAAUUCCUGGCCUUUCUAGAGAAACACUUUGAACUUAAGCACAGUGUGCCUCAGGUGAAUAACUUUGUGGUGUUUGAGGGCUUUUUCAGGAACAGAUCAGCGGGCCAGUUGAGAAAAGCGCCUCCAAAAAAGCCAGAGGGAGAGAUCAAACCGUAUUCACUAAUGGAGAGAGAGGCUGUGAGAGAGGAGCAGAAGGCCCUCCCAUGGCCCUUCAUCCGCUCCACGGCCGUUCCUCAAUCUCCUCCUCUGGCGGCAUCCUCCCCGUACUCUCGCUCCCUGAGCGUGGGCUCGUCCCCCAACCGCACUCCUCGUCCUCAACCUCACAUUCCUCCACACCUGGCCGACAACUACAGGACAAAACGCACCAGCUCUCAGGGUUUGGUUGCCAGAAACAACCUCUACAGUCGCCAUGUGAACAGCAGAAGCCUCGGGCUCUUAACAGCAGAACAGCUGCCAGGGUUGAAGCCAGUGCUCAGUGAGAGAGUGUGUGACGCAGGGGGACAGGCUGACGCACUGGGACACACAAACACAGCAGAAAGCACACACCUCCAGGGCUCGUCCGCGUUCCUGCCACCUCUCCCGGCCGUCCCCGGGCAGCAGGCCGCCGAGCGUCCGGCUUUAAACGGCGCGAGCAGGGCGGCGAGGAAGCCGAGGCGCGAGGAGGAGACGGAGAGAGACGGCAGGUCGUGGACGGUUGGCGAAAAGAGCUGCACGGCCCAGUGGGUCAGACAGAAACACGAAUUGCGCAGCACGAGGCCGUGGUGAUGUGAGCACGAAAAGAAAAGCUGGACGGACUUCAGAGAGAAGAAGGGAACUCGAGGACAUCAGAAUGGGGGGGGGGGAUGGGAGCAAAACAAAUACAGCGAUAAGAAAGAAGAGCUUCCUGUAGAAAGCUAGAACCGGACAUGUAAUAUAUACACACACAUAUUUAAGCCAUAAAAGCACACAAGAUUAAGCAACUCAAAACAUGGCAGCUAGAGGUUUACAAAUAUUUGUAGCGGUGCAGUAAAUGCCUCGAUUUUGUAAUUAUUUAAGCAGUAUUAUGUGAAGUCAGGGAUUUUUGUAUUUCAAAAUAAACUAAAACGCAAGUGGA